AUAAGGCGUACCAUAGUUAGUUUGAAAAUGGCGGACGGUGUCCAAACUCCAAAACUCUGACUCAAAGGAACUCUAGUCAUUACCAUAACACCUGUUGUAGUAAAUGUCAUACUAAUACGAUGAUUCGUUGAGAAAGAGCUUUUUCAUCUGUCCUCUGUAUUCCAAAAAAGAGAUUUUUACUUGUAUAUAUAUAUAUAUGCAUUUUGUUUCUACAAAAAGGAAAUUGAACUGUGAAGCGAAGAAAUCUCAAAGACCUUAAAAUUGACGAUAGAAGAAUCAAAGAGGUUAAUUCGCAGUUCCUUUCAAUUGUCGGUGUUAAACAAAAAGAAACGGUAUGUUAUGUGUCUAUUGGGACAAGAUAUCCAAGAAAGAGGAAGCUAAGAAGAAUUUUCUAGAUUAGUGUUAGAGUGAUCAGCAUUGUAAACAAAUUGAAUAUCUAUCUUCUACAAUUACAAGAAACGUACAACGUGAUGGAGGAUUCUACGAAAUCUGAGGAUACUGAACUUAGCAAUACAACUCCCGCAUGUUCCCAAGUGAAUCAAACAUGUUCCGAUACAAAGUCUUUAGUAGAUAGCAAGAAUACACAGGCUCGAGUUGUCCGUGGUACUAAAAAGUUCAAAAUUGACAACGAUCCUAGUAACGUCGAGAAAAAGGAUGCAAAAGAGGAAGAAACAGCAGAAGUUAAAGUGAAAUCUCUCAAACGUUCCUGUGAAUUAUGGUCUAUGGAGGAUAAGAAUACCUUUUUUAAAGCUCUUAACGAAUAUGGCAAAGAUUUUGAUGCGCUGCAAAGCUACUUUCUAAGUCAAGGCAAAAAGCGAGGUCUCUCGGACGUCAUGAUAAAAAACAAAGAGCAAAUUCGACAUUUUUAUUACAGAACGUGGCUGAAGAUAUCGAAACAUCUUAAAUUUUCAGAAGAUGUUAAAAAAACAUCCCAGGAAUUAUAUGGACUAAUAAAUUAUGGUGAACUCAGAAGAAAAUUACCUCGUAUUCAUGAGAAAGUUCACUUGAGAUUGAACGAAUUGGUAUAUUGGGGAUCUACACAAGUCAGGCUUAGAGGAAAAACCAUGAGAAUUAAAACACCAAUAUGUAGAGCGCUUAGAAAGUUAAACCAGUUAGAAGAUUGGCAGGAAGAAAUUAAAUUACCGUCUAGGAUAACGAUAGAAUUGCGACCGCGUAACAACAUGGCAUGGUGGCAAGUACAAGCAGCGUCCAUGAAUCCAAGAGUUCGUACGUUGCUCCCCAUACAGAGACGCCUCUCAAGUUUAUUAAUAUUUUUGCAACAGCGAUGGCGGCUCGCAAAAUAUACCACGUGUCCCACUAUGGAGAAUCUUGUUGCUAACGAUGUAAAAGAUACUUGUUUAUUACGAGUUGCUCCACCAGAAGGAUGCAAAAUCGCUUUACCAAUGGUUAAUCUCGGAGAAUAUCUAACUAGCAAUAGCGUUAACUUGAAUUCGUACGAAAAGCGUCUUGGUCUGAAGAGCUCAAGAGAAGACUUGUUGGGAUCUGUCCAAUAUUUAAAAGGAGUAGGAAAAAAAGGCAUUAAGCGAUAUAAAUUGGAUAAAAAGGUCGUCAACCGCACUGAUGAAAAUUGUACGAUGCCAGAUAUCAGUAGCGACAUGGAUCUCUUAGAAACAGGAAGUGGUAUAUCUGAAAAAACAGCAAUAAUAAAUAAUACAGAAAAACCAUCACCAGAAUGUCAUUCAGAACUCAAUAGAUUUCCUGGUAGAGAGACUAUCGAUAGAAUUCGAAAGGGUUGGAACGUUGAAGAAGCAAAUACGAUUACUGUAGGCGAUCUUUUCCUAAUGUUUGGUCGUGAAUCAAAGAUUGUACUUGAAUACUGGUGGGAUUGGUUACCUAAUGAACAAUAUACAACUGAUUCAGCAUCAUCGGGCAUCAUGCGUGACAACAAUUUAUGUUUGGUUUUACAAAAGUUAUUGUCAUUAGCCAAACAUAAUUAUGGUACAAAUAAGGUGUACGAUAACACAUCAGGAAGUAACGAAACAAUAAUCUCGUCUCGAGUUCCAUCUAUUAAAGAAUCUACAUUCAGAAGGCCUCUUAUCCCACAAACGUAUCACAAGAUUGGUACACCUGACGCAUUUAAGACACAACUUGAUAAGUUUAAAACACGCUUUUGUAAACGAGGUAGAACAGUAAGACAGAAAAGUCUUGUUAUACAAAGGGUAUUGCCUAUUGUAUCUGCGCCGAAUAUGUCAUCAGAAAAUUUGACAACUGACGCUAGUAAGAUCGCCAGUGGAUCUUCAUUAUGUCAAAUGCAAACUGAUAAAACAACGAUAAAUGCGAACGAAGCUCAAGACAAAACUUUCUUAGACGUUUUAGAGACUAGCGGAGAGGCAAAGAACUCCAAUUCAAUUAUUACUAGUGCUACUCAAAUUCUUAAAGAAGGCGAACAUCAAUGGUUAAAUAGCGAGGUUGCAGAUUUUUCAUUGAGCAGUUUCUUAGGACAGCUUGAAUCGCCUAUGAAAGGCUCACAAAGAAGUCAAGCGGGUGAACAGAUUAUGGAAGAUACUCGUCCGUCUUCCGAUGUUGUGUCGCAUAUGCAAUGCCUCAUGGGGGAAAACAGUGUGGACUACAUGGCAAAAUUUGCAAAUCUUGCAUCGCAAAUAGCUUCCGAUGAAAAUAAAAAAUAGGUAAAUCGAGAAAGUAUUAAUAGAAUUAAAUAAUUUAUAUAUUUUCAUAUUUGUGAUAUAUACAAACGAUCGGCCGUCCUUGGUUUUUCUAAUACAACUCGAUGAACAUAUAUUCAUUUAUCUGUAUUUAUUACGUUUUUGCAAACACGCAUACAAUUGUAAAAAUGAUAACAAAUUUGAAACUGAACUGUAUACAUACAUAUAUAGCAUAAUAUUGUAAAUACGCAAGAUACACGAUAAAUACGAUAGAUAAACGAA